UUUUUUUUUUUCUUCUUCUCUUUGUUUAAUUUUAUUCUUUUUUACACUAUCAUGUCUUUGGUGAAUAUCUUGAACAUCCAAGUCCUUGACAAUCCUACUGGUUUUCACAAUGAAUUUAAAUUUGAAAUCACUUUUGAAUGCAACGCAGAAUUAAAAGAUGAUCUGGAAUGGAAAAUGAUCUAUGUAGGUUCAGCCGAAAGCCCUCAAUACGAUCAAGUGUUGGAUUCCAUCAUGGUGGGACCUAUUCCUGUUGGUGUGAACAAAUUCAUCUUUUCGGCCGAUGCUCCUAAACUAGAACUUUUACCUCAACGAGAUCUGUUAGAAGUCACUGUAGUCCUACUCAGUUGCUUGUAUCAUGACAAAGAAUUUGUACGUAUCGGCUACUAUGUCAAUAAUGAAUACACGGAUGAAGAAUUACGUGAAAACCCUCCUCCUCAAGUCUUGGUUGAUAAGUUACAACGCAAUAUUUUGGCUGAUAAACCCAAGGUGACACGGUACAAUAUCGACUGGUAUGGUCAAGGUCAAACUCAAGAUCAAAACAACGAACAAGAAACUACACAACAACCUAUGGAUCAAGAUAUGAUGGUACAAUAGCUCAUGGACGAACAUCAUACUAUAGGAACACUCAAUAUUAUAUAUAUAUCAACGCUCUCGCUCACACACACACACACACAUACAUAUCAGUAGCUUUAUAUCAAUAUCUAGCCAAAUAUUCUUUCCGUCAUCCAAGAAAAAAAAA